AGACGGGUCGUGCGCCGCCGGCUGUCGGAAGGGACCGGUCGGGUGGUCAGGGAGGUGAGAGGACCUGUGGCCAGUCCGGCUCCGUGGAAUUAUACAGUGUGGCGCGUAUGGUGUGCUGAACACAGGUGAAACCAGCGACCGCUACAGACAAGUGUGCUGUGUUGCCGUGAGUGGGAACUGCGAUAGACGUGACAUUACGCCCGGAUUUGGAUAUAAUGUAUAAGGGAGGCGCGGACUGACCCAGUAGUGGUCCGGUGGUGACACGGUGACAGUGACCUGGCAGUGACCCAGCAGUGACUGCGGUGACUGAGUGACAGUGGUGACGUCAGAGUGACGUCAUGGGUCGCCGGCCGUGUCUGCCGUCGGCACUGCUGCUGUUAGCGGUGACUGCGAGGUCCGUGUUCGGCCUCAACUGUCUACAGGAGGGUGACCCGGGAGAGACAGCUCCGAUAGAAGUGAACACCGAGCCGAACCAAAAGUUUCGGGUGGCGUGUUACGUGGACCCCAGCCACCCUCGGACGGAGGGCCGGACUGCCGAGGAUCUCUACUUCACCAGGGAUUUCACCGGCGGCACGGGCGAGGCCAAACAGGCCUUCAGCGUGGUCGUGCCCGACUCCCAGGCCAAGAGGUACAACUCGACGACUCUGGUGAUUGAGGACCGUCUGGAGACUGCCGUCCAUUACACCUACUCGUGCCGUCUGAGGAGCGGUCCGGACAGCCCCGUCGGCAGGAGGGACAUCACACUCUGCUCCAGCUCCGUCAAUGUCGGAUAUCCUCCGCUCGAUGUGAAGAACUUCAGCUGCAUCGUCAACAACUGGAACAACAUCACCUGCAAGUGGAAGCUGCAGUACAACGCCAUCAAGUCACAGUACCAGCUGCAGUACUUGCUGAAACCGUCCUAUGGCCCGCUGGACUCGCCGCCCAGAGAGCAGUGGGUGCGCUGUCCGCUCUACGACUACGAGCUGCCUGAGUACCGGACGACCUGCUCCAUCACCGAGAAGACGCAGCCCGUCUACCGCACCGGCGCCACCUACUACAACUUCACCAUGAACAUCACCAACGCACUGGGCACGCGACUUCAGUGGCUCGGCCUGGUCAACAACUUCGCCAUAGUUCUGCCGGCGGCUCCGGAGCGAGUCAGCAGCGCAGAGGUCACCACCAGUUCAGUGCUGCUGGAAACGGAGGUCGGCUGGCCCAUGGACAGUUUCCCGCGGCCGCUCGACUUCGAGGUCACCUACACAUCGCCGUGGGACCCCCAGCCGCAGUCGGUGAACGCCUCGUCAAUGAGCGCCAUGCCCAGUGACCAGGAGCUCUCCUUGCCGCGGCCACUGCUGGUCACCGGUCUCAGACCGUACACGCUGUACCACUUCUCUGUGAGGAUGCGCUCCAGUCUGGCCGAGAGCGAGGACCUGUGGUCGGAGCCGACCACGCUGGACGUGAGGACUCUGCCCACUGUUCCGGACGCAGCCCCGGCGGUGGACCAAGGCUCGUUUCAGCUGAUCGGCGCCAGUACCGACUCGCGCACCGUGCUCGUCUACUGGCGCCAAAUCGAGCCGUGGCAGAAGAACGGCGCCAACUUCAGCUACUGCGUGACGGCCACCGGGCCGACCGGACGAUCCAUGGUGCCCACCAUGACCACGGACGCGUACGCGCGCUUUUCCGGAGUGAGCAGCGGCGCCACGAUGUUCCUGUUGGCCUCCUGUAACGCCGUGGGCCGCUCGUCACAGACGGCCACUCUGACCGUGCCAGAGCAGAGGAAAGUGGGUGCGCCGCCCCACUCCGUGACGCUGAGGAUCUCCGGUCCCGGUCAGUAUCAGCUCUUCUGGCAGCACACCGCAGGCGACAGGACACCCGACAGCUUCACCCUGUUUGCCUGCGAGCAUCGCUCCGACCAGCCCUACCAGUGCCAGGGACAGCUGCACCUGUGGCGUGUGUCGGGCGACACUCGACAGCACAACAUUUCACUACCGUUUGGAACCGAGUAUCAGUUCGCCGUGUCUGCCAACUUCGCGGCCAACAACGAGACGGGGCUGCCGCCCAGCAGCAGUGGAAUGGUGUGGUCACGCUGCUCCAUCCCCUUCAGCCGAGACGGUGACCAGGUCAUCCAGGGCCUGUCCGUCCGGACGGUCUCGGCUCGCUCAGUCACACUCUCCUGGAAUGAAGACUGUGCCAGUCAGGUGACCGUGUCACGCGUGGUAGUCAUCUUCUGUCGCAUGAUCGGCAGCAGGUGUCAAGGAGAGGAGACGACUCGCGAGGUGAACCGCACCAGUCCAUCCAGUGUGCAGCUGACCGGGCUCCGGCCGUACACAAAGUACCGGGUCUCCCUGGCCCAACUGGCGGAGGAUGGCAAACAGGGUCCCCGCAGCCUGCCUCAGGUGGCCCAGACGCUCCAGGACAGGCCCGAGCCGCCUCUGGGCGUGGAGGUGGCAGCAGCGACCAACACCAGCCUAACGGUUUCCUGGCGGCCGCCUCUGUGGCCCAACGGCCCCAUGCGCCGGUACGAGGUGCGCGUCACGGGCGGCGUGACGGUGAACGUGACGGCCAACGUCACCUCGGUGACGGUCACCGCGCUGCGGCCGUUCACCGAGUAUGAGUUGACGGUGCGCGCGUGCAACAUGAUCUGGAUGUCAGUGGGCUGCAGCCGUCCCACGGAGCCCGUCACUGGCCGAACACUGACCGGCGUACCCGGUGAGAUGGAGCCUCUGCGUACUCGCCUUCUGAACACCUCUGCGGUGCUGGUCCGCUGGCGGCCGCCGCUGGAGCCGGGAGGACCGCAGCUCGUCUACUAUCUACGCACUGUGUCGGAGGUGGAUGGCGUCAACUACACGCAGCCGGACACGGAGAUGACCGGUGAUCAAUUGGAGGCGGAGGAGCAGCUGGCGCAUGCCUGUCGCUCGGGCGCCCGCUCGCAGCGACAUCUAUUCUGGGUGCGCGCUGGCACGGUGCUGCCAUCUGGAGAGGUCCUGCUGGGAGCGUGGUCGGAGCCGGCGGAACAGAACUGCGUGCUGACCUCCGAGUGGCCGCUGGCUGCCGUGCUCGGCCUGGUGGCUGGGGGUCUCCUGCUGAUGGCGCUGGCCGUGCUCGUCUUCUGCCUCUGCAGUCGCACUAAACGCAAGUGGGUCAAGAUGAGGGACAUCGGCGUGAACCUACCAUCGGGUUUGGAGCGGCCCGACAAGGGGCUGCACGGGUUCCGGAGCUCGGACACACGUUCCGGCCCGGUGUCGGCCGGCUACGGACGGCUCGUCAGCCAGACUGGCGAGAGCGGAGGCACCUCUGGACGACCGCUGCUGCAGGAGGAGGCGGUGCCGGUGGGCACGACGGGUCUCUCUGAGGACACUCUGCCGUCCACGGCUACUGAUAGUAACAGCUGCUCGUCAGGCGCCACCAACUACACGGACUCCGGGGCCGAGUCCGAAAAGGUGGGCUCGCCGACCUACGAGCGGCUGCCGUGGCCGGCCGGCUCGCCGCACCUGGCGCCGUACGUGCAGGCCGGUGGGCCGGGCUCGCCGCCGUCCGGAGCGCCCGUCUACCCCCAGUUCUCGCCGUACGUGGACGCCACGGCCAUCCAGUCACUGCUGGCCGGCGGCGGCGUGUCGGCGCUGCCCAAGGACUCCGGCGAGCCGGCCCAGGUGAGCCGCUCCGAGCCGGACCUCAGCUCGGCCUCUGCGGCCGUGCAGGGCCCUUCGCUGCCCUACAGCCGGGUGGGGCUGCGCUCUAGCGCCGGCUACGUCAGCAUGACGUCGGAUGAGGCGCUGCCGCCGCCGCCGCCGCCUGCCGAGAAGGUGCCGCCGCCGGAGCAGCCGUACGUGGCGCUCGGACCGACACCGCCGGCGUCCUCUGCGGCCGGGUUCCCGCCGUACGUGCUGGCCGGGCUGUCAGCAGAGGACUGCGAGCCGUACACGGUACAGCCGAGUCAGAGCUACACCCCGGCCGCGCAGCCGGCGCGCUCCAGCGCCUAUGUGACCCACGACAAACUGCAGCCGGCGGGCAUCGAGCUGCGCGACAUGAGCGCCGCCGACGCGUCACCCGACGACGAGAGUGACAGCGCCGAGCCGGUGCUGUCGCCCAAAAAACUGGCCACCGUGGUGUCGGCGCGCGAGCCGUACUGUCGGGUAGUGACACAACACCAGGCUGCGGCGGACCUGGGCCCGAAUGUGUCGAUGGUGUGAGACCGCCGGCCGCCGGCCGCCGCUCGGCCCGUCAGUACAAAGAACGCUACGCGCGCGCGACUCUCUCGAUCAGAGACAAUAUCAAAUCAGGGUGCUGCCGGCCCUCCAGGGAACGGCGUCUCGGCGGAUAUGAGGUAUGAGUGAAAAUAGAGUGAAUUCGGGAGGAGUGUGUGGCGAAAAGUGCAAUGACCGCUGUGGUUUGAAUUUAUUGGCGCACGCCUGUGUUAAAUGGAGACCGUUAUGUGAUAUGUCUUGAAUCAGAAUCUUUUGCAUUUUGCGGUGGUAUGGCGUUUGAUGUAGCGACACGACAUGACCUUAGCAAGACGGGGGCAGCGCGGGCUCACCGUCCUGAGAGUGCUAGUUGGCUAUAGAUGUUUUAUUAGUCGCUAGUCGGUUGGCCGGCUGGGCUGUUGGAUUUCUCAGUGGUGCCUUCGGCUUUUAGCCCGGGUAAUUCGGAGAUAUGCUGAUCUGUUUGCCACCGUUACCACUGUGUGUGUUUAGGUACUAUGCAGUUUACCAUUUGUUUUAUUCAGUCGGCCGCCGGCGCUGGCGGCCCGACCCGUUGUGUCUUCCGUGCGCGCUGGCAGUUUGCUAUUUGGGCACCAAGUCGGUCUCCAUAAGAGACAUUCCGGCGCCGUGCGGCAGCGAGUCGUGAGGUCACGAGACGCCGCCGCGCGGCGGCCCGACCGUUACCGUUUGCUCAACGCCGCCUUAUGGUCUGAGGAUGUGAUAUGCUAGCUAGCGGAAGGAGUGGUGGGUGCGCCUGGGGACCGGCUGGGAUGUGGGGAUCUCACCCGCCCCGGCGGGGCUCUGACGAUAAUCAAAAUGGCGUCCGGAGCGCGGCUCUGGCCGGCGCCUGGCUGUCCGCGCCUGGCCAGGGAGGGGGAGAGGGGCGCGAUGGAGUGCUGGGAGAAAACAUGACUGUUACCUGCUCUGUGCGCGAGCGAUACUGGUCCAAAAUGUGGCGUGCAGACGCAAUAAAUGACAUGGCUCUGGU